UCCACACUCCAUCCGAGUAGGUGGCGGUAAAUGCACCUAAAGCUGGUUUGCCAACCGCCAUAAAACGUCAAAGAAAAAGAAGAAGAAGAAGAAGAAGAAGACGACGACGAAAACGAAAUCGAUGCAAACCAGAUAUUAUAGUAUGUGAAGGCGAUUUAAUGACAAUUUUUUAUCCAACAUUAAUGAAAGUUAUUUUGUGUAAAGUGCACCCGCGCGUUUGUAACAGAAAAGUUAUUCUUAUCUUACCUCUGAUAAAGCGACUGAGAUCGGGACACUACACUAUUAUUAUAAAGAUGGCGUUUAUUAAAGAGGAGGGUGAAGACGUGAGGAUUGAAGAAGCUUUCAGAGUCAAACAUGAAGAUACUGAGACACAAACAGGCCUGAGGGUGCUGAAGGAGGAGAGUCAAGAACUAAAUAAAAGGGAAAUUAAGGAUCAAUAUGAGAAACAUCAUUCAUUAAUAACGGGAGAAAACUCUUUAAGUUGCUCACAGAAUGAAAAGACUUUGUCACGAAAAAGAGCUCAAACGACUAGUCAAACUAGUAGUCAUUUCGAUCAACAUGGAAACCUAGAUGUCGACAUGAGAAUUCACAUGGGAGACAAACCAUUCUCCUGCCAGCAGUGUGGGAAGAGUUACACCUCGAAAGGUAGUCUUAAAGAUCACAUGAAUAUUCACACUGGAGAGAACCCUUUCACCUGCCAACAUUGUGGAAAAAGUUUCAUUCGAAAAGGAAACCUGAUUGUCCACAUGAAAAUUCACACUAGAGAGAGCCCAUUCACCUGCCAGCAGUGUGGGAAAGGUUUCGUUCAGAAAGGCAGUCUUAAAUCCCACAUGAGAGUUCACACUGGAGAGAGUCCUUUUACCUGUCAACAAUGUGGAAAAAGAUUCACUCAAAAAGGAAAUCUGAAAGUCCACAUGAGAAUUCACUCUAAAGAGACCCCAUUCACCUGCCAACAGUGUGGGAAAAGUUUCACUCAAAAAGGAAGUCUUAAAGAUCACAUGAAAAUUCACACUGGAGAGAACCCAUUCACCUGCCAACAUUGUGGAAAAAGUUUCAUUCGAAAAGGAAACCUGAAAGUCCACUUGCGAGUGCACACUAGAGAAAGCCCAUUCAGCUGCCAACAGUGUGGAAAAAGUUUUUCUCAGAAAGCAAGCCUUAAAAUCCACAUAAGAAUUCACACUGGAGAGAAGCCUUUCACAUGCCCUCAAUGUGGAAGGAGUUUUACACAUAAAGGAACCCUUAAUAACCAUGUGACAACUCACACAGGAGAGAAGCCAUUUGUAUGUAGUCAGUGUGGAAAGUGUUUCCGAUUUACGGUAACCCUUAAAGACCACAUGAGGAUUCACUCGAGAGAGAUCCGUUUUAUAUGCCAUCAGUGUGGAAGGAGUUUCACAGACAGAAAUGAUCUUAAGAAUCAUGUAGGAACUCACAUCGGAGAGAAGCCUUUCAUGUGCCAAUACUGUGGAAAGUCUUUCAAAAACAAUGCAAAUCUUGAGGUUCAUGUAAGAAUUCACACUGGAGAGAAGCCUUUCAGCUGCACUCAAUGUGGAAAGAGUUUCACAGUUAAAGGAAACCUUGACAUUCACAUGAGGGUUCACACUGGAGAGAGGCCUUACAGGUGCCUUCGGUGUGAGAAGAGUUUCACAUAUCACACGGACCUGAAACGUCAUUUGCAAACCCAUUCUGGAAAGAAAUUCCAGUGUUCUGAGUGUGACAAGGAGUUUCGAAAAAUUAGCAAUUUCAGAAAACACCUGCAUAUGCUUUCGGGAGGAAGACCAUUUAAUUGUGUUAAGAGUAAAAGAAAAAUCCCCAAACUCUCAUCACACUUAGAGUUACAUAUGAAAAGGCAUGCAUAUGUGAGACUGUAUUCUUGUUCUUUUUGUGGAAAGAGUUUUAAAUGGCUCGGCCAUUUAAAAUGCCACCAGAAGAUGCGUAUCUGUGUGAAAUCAAAGCUGCGUUUACGUCGCAGAUGACUGUGGCCCAAACUUGGUUUUCUGCUCAAAUAGUUUUUUUUUAGGUUGUU